CGCCGGGCCGCCAUGGGGCGGGGGGAGCGGCGGCACCGGGCGGCGGAGGGGCCGCGGGGUCCAGAGCCUGGGAGUGGAAAGGGACAUCCUGGCAUCUAAGGAACCCGGAAUGACCACAGAGGAGCUGCUUCUGGUGACCACUUGGAUUCCUGGCGGCCCUUCAAAGAUGCAUCCCCUUGGUGCUGAGCCCUUUUGAGGUGGGUCUGGACCAUCCCUGGCUCUCCCAGCCUCCAAGGAGCCAUGGAGGACAAACGCAACAUCCCCAUCAUUGAAUGGGAGCACUUGGACAAGCGGAAGUUCUACGUCUUUGGGAUCUGCAUGACGAUGAUGAUCCGGGUGAGCGUUUACCCCUUCACCCUCAUCCGCACCCGCUUGCAGGUCCAGAAGGGCAAGAGCUUGUACAAGGGCACUUUCGAUGCCUUUGUGAAGAUCCUGCGGACGGAAGGCGCCGCCGGGCUCUACCGGGGCUUCUUGGUCAACACCUUCACCCUCAUCUCGGGCCAGUGCUACGUGACCACCUACGAGCUCACCCGCAAGUACGUGUCCCACUACACCAACAACAACGCCCUCAAGUCCCUGGUGGCAGGGGGCUCAGCAUCCCUGGUGGCCCAGAGCAUCACGGUACCCAUCGACGUCGUCUCCCAGCACCUUAUGAUGCAGAGGAAAGGCGAGAGCAUGGGCAGGUUCACAGUGCGCCACCAGGAUGGCAAAGGCCUCUUGGUCUUCGGCCAAACCAAGGACAUCAUUGUGCAGAUCUUCAAGGCCGAUGGCUUUAGAGGCUUCUACAGGGGCUAUGUGGCCUCGCUGCUCACCUACAUCCCCAACAGUGCCGUCUGGUGGCCCUUCUACCACUUCUAUGCUGAGCAACUCUCCAGCCUGACUCCUAAAGACUGUCCCCAUCUCCUCCUCCAAGCCAUCUCGGGGCCCCUUGCGGCUGCAACAGCUUCAACGCUCACCAACCCCAUGGAUGUCAUCAGGGCUCGGGUGCAGGUGGAAGGCAAGAGCUCCAUCGUGCUGACCUUCAGGCAGCUCCUGGCAGAGGAAGGGCCCUGGGGCUUGACCAAGGGCCUCUCGGCCCGCAUCAUCUCAGCCACCCCUUCCACCAUCGUCAUCGUGGUGGGCUACGAGACCCUGAAGAAGCUGAGCCUCCGCCCGGAGCUGGUGGAUUCCAGGCACUGGUAAAGGCAAAGCGGUGAAGAGGAACCUUCCUUGGCAUCCUGACCGGACCAUCCCGAUGGAGGGGGGGAGAAGCAGCUGCCUCCUCCCUUUGCUGCCUGCACACUGCAAGUGCGGCACCAUCACCAAUGCCAAGCAUCAGGAUGCGACCAUCCAGGAGCACAUCCUGGCACCACCUGCGUGCCGGGGAUGGGGGGGGGGGUGGGGGGUUAAGAUGGAAAACGGCCCCGGUUGGAGCCAGAAGCCGGGCUCUCCAUGGGGUUAUUCCCAUCCUUGCCAAGCACCCGAGGAGGGGAGGGCAUCGCGCUCCAGCAGAGCCCUCUCGUGGCUCCGCUCCUCAUUGCACUUGUGUCGGGGGAAGGAAGCGACCUGGACCCGUUUAAACCCUCGUUGGAGGUGCUCUGGGCAUCCCCCUUUUUGUACGCCCUCAGAAACACGGUUCCCUGGGCCCCAUCCUUCGAGCAGCAUCUUUGGAUGCUCGAGCUGUGCUUUUCUCCGUUCAUGGUUUUAUCUUGGGGGGG